AGAGUCCCUCGCCGUCUCCGCAAGUGUGUACACGGGCACGCAUGAGGACCCGCUUGCAACCCUCCGGUCCUUUGUUGCCUUGCUCGAAGAUGAGUUAAAUUGACCUACAGAGUUGGCCAGGGAUUGGAGGCUGUGUCACACACACACUCCUGAGGCCUUUCCCGAACAGAACGCCAACCACUCUGUCCUCAUCCAGCAUGGCCGCCCCUGUGCCCCUUGUUCUCUUGCACAUCGAAGCUCAGGAACACUCACACGCGUUACCAUGGUGAUUCUCUACUCCAAAACACUGGAAAUAAAGAAGGGCGUGGACAAUCAUGAGCCCAGCACCAUGAGCAAAGGGACCACACUCUUCUCCUGUAGCUCAGUGGAAGGAGACUGCUGGCUGGGUCUGGCGGGGGGCUGUGUCCAGCCUGAUAGGGCCCAUAUGGGGGGAGGACUGGGAGUCCGCACGGCAGCCAGCGCACUCACACACCUCAUCCAGGACCUGAGCCUGAACGAGACCCACGGCUCUGGCCUUCCCCCCACACACACCCACGCGGCACCACCCUCUAAGCGCCAGUGUCGCUCUCUGUCCUCCGACGAGCUGAUGUGGGGUGAUGGAGGGGGAGGGGGGGCCGGGGGUCGCUCAGCCUUCUCCUUGUCGUCCUCGUCGCCGUGGCGACCGCAGGGCUCCCGGGUGUGGUCGUGGGUGGAGAAGCGGCGCUGGCAUAGCGGGCCGCCCAUGCAGAGAAGCUGCAGCGUCAGCCUGCCCUCGCGCCCCACGCACACACACGCGCAAGUGCACCCCCACAGUCACGGGCGCUCACACACACUCCCGCUGGUCCUGCAGGCACUGCCGCCGCCGCGGCUGGGCGUGUCGGAGCCGGCCGGCGCCGAGCCCGGUGUGGGGGCGGGAGCGGGACCUGGGUCGUUGCCACGGAGCCGUUCGCAGCCCUGCGUGCUGAGCGAGAAGAAGGUGGCAGGAGUGAAGAGGCGCCGCCCGGAUGAGCACAGCGGCCAGGAGGCCAGACCCUCCCUGGACUUGGCCAAGAUGACCCAGAAACAGCACUUUCACAGUCUGAGCUGCCCAGGGUUCUCUUUCUUCGAGACCUGCCACUCACCUGUUGACCCACCCCCCUCUAUCAUUCCCAGCCAAUCAGAGACCACGCGCACCUGCCUGUCUGGCUUGAGGGCAGGGUCUGGGCAGAGUUUGCACAAGAGAGAUGGCGAUGGGGAGGAGGAUUCGUCAUAUGAGGAGGAAGAGGAGGAGGAGCUGGACACAGACUCUGCGUGUAGUGUGAGCUCAAGGUGUGACACCCCUAACAGGGGCGAGGAGGAGGAGGACGAGGAGGAGGAAGAAGACGAGGAGCAUGGAACGUUCUGGAAGGGUAGCCGCAGGGCAGAGGAGAAAGAGGCAGCGUGUGAGUUGGAUGAAGAGCUGGACAUCGAACAGAUCGAAAAGAACUGAGCACGUUGGUCUUUAAGACAGGACAAAAAAACACGGACGGACUUAGCAAGUUGUAAAGCUUCGAUGGAGGACUUUGUAAUGUCUGAAUGUAGGCCUGGAAUAUUCUGUGGUGUGGGUUUUCUCUGUCUCCUCAUCUCUGCUGGGACUGUGGCUUUUCUCUCAGAGAGCUUUUGCCUUCUGAACGACGGGUAAAGGAAUAACAUCUCUCAUUACCAGCACUCUCACAUCCAUUCUUCCUCGUUGUCCUCUCUGUCUAUCUAUCCACCUCUCAUCAAUCUGAUGUCCAAUCUGAUCUGAUCUGAUCCAGGUAGUCAGGUUCUCUGUGAGAAUUGGGGUUUCAUGAAGACCUGGAAGGGAGAGAGAGCCUUUGUGGACUGAAUUAAAAGCAAGGGAUGAUAGUUGUUUCUUUAGCAGGGCUCUUCCUUAAAUUACAUCCUCCUAUUACUUUCAUGUCUUUGAGGGCUUUGUGACAAAUGUCAAAGAUCUAGAUGAAGUGUUUGUUAAUCAAAAGGUUUGAUUUCAAAUUCAGUUGAGCUUGUGUGUGUGUGAAUGAUUUUGUUUUGUAAAUCCACAAAAAAGGAAGUUCUGUGCAUUUGGUCUUGUCUGCAAGUAAACCCACAAACUGAAGCCUACUGCUACGGAAUGUUUGUGCCAGUCCCUUGUCUCUUUUUCCCAAGGAUGUUGACGUGUAUCCAGGCAACAGGAUACGUGUAUCCAGGCCAGAGGAAAGUAACCACAGAGGUUAAAAGUGUGUCUGUCUUAUGGAGCAACGUACAGAUGUAGAAAGGAAGUUAGCAAGAUGGCGACACCCAGAGAGGCAAUGCUCGGCUUGUGUGUCAAAACUAAAAGAAAAGCUUGGUAUCUGCAGUUUUGUGUGUAAUAGGUGAAUGGAAACGACAUUGGUGUUCAUCUUCUUGUCUUAAUACUACAUAUAAAUCACCUUCAUUCACCAGAUUAAUGGCUGAAAUUCAAGAUGGCUUCCAGCAUCAGUUUUCGCAAACAAAAGAAGCAAACACUCUGUUCAAAGCCUUUCACUUCAUGUCUGUUUACAGAUUUGUGUAAACAGCAUAUUGUUAUAUUUUCUUAAAUCAUAAACAAGAAAAAAAAGACUCACAAAUGGACACUGAUUCUCAGCGUUGAAGUGCCUCGUAAUAGCGAUGUAUAUUUUUCUAAUUCUGACUAUUUUGUAAUCUUUCUCAUGUUUGCCUUAGCAGACUAAGCUACAAAGCAGAGGCGCUGUUGUCCUCUCCCUCUUUAAAGGAAUUAGAUGGAAAAUAAAGGCAGAAAAAGACUACUG